AUGAAACCAUUGAUAGAUGAUAAGAAACGGCUGAAUCAGAGGAUGAGUGCAAGCAUGAGAUCCCCCAAGUCCUUUGCGGAUCGGUUGCCGGAGCGCUUCAAAGACGGGGACGACUCUCAGAUCGACUAUACAGCUCCCCCGAGAGCCAUGGACCCCCGAGAUGGGAACAUCCACUAUAUGCAACAGUCCUUGUUUGGCAUGAUCGCCGCGGUCGGCUCUCGGUCCGAUUUUCGAACCCGCUUCGACGACUCCAGCGAUAGCGAUGGAGAGACAGAGGUACGCCAAAAGUUGGGACAUCUCCCAGACUCGUCAAGUCGACAAGAAUCCUCUGACCGACCUCCGACCAGCGGAAAGUACGACUCGGCCCAGCAAACCGAGCCGGAAGGGCGAGGACGUCAGCACCGGAGGACAAUAUCAGAAGACAAACCCCUUCGCAAAAUUCCCGUCAUAAGGUCGAGUGAGAAGGAUACCAAUCUAUCAGCUAUGACCGGAUCGACUAUACUGAUACCGCCGAGGCGAGCACGUAGCGCCACGCCCCGAGCAGCUCCCGUUCUCACACGCAUGGUGCAAGCACAGAAUCGCUUUGACACAGCAACCACGACGGAAAACACGCCCCUCCGACCUGAGACACCGAGCGAGGAACAACAGAAGCCUUCUGCCUCUGCUCUCUCGACCAGACUGAUGGAGAUGUUUGAUUUUGACAGACCUGAAAAGGUCUUGGUGGAGUAUGCUUGCAGCUUAGUACAAAGCAUGCUCCUCCAGGGCUACAUGUAUGUCACAGAGAGACACAUCUGCUUUUACGCUUACCUCCCGAAAAGGUCAAGUCUUGCUAUCAAGUCUGGCUACUUGUCAAAACGUGGUCGGAACAACCCAAAGUACCAUCGCUACUGGUUUGUAUUGAAGGGUGAUGUCUUUUCCUAUUAUGCCGAUUCUUCAAACCUCUACUUCCCCAGCGGUCAUGUCGACCUUCGCUAUGGAAUUUCAGCGUCCCUCGCGGAGCCCAAGACCAAGGGCGCUGAGGUGCGAGACUUUCAAGUCACAACCGACCAGCGAACCUACUAUUUCAGAGCCGAUAGCGCCACCAGCGCGAAAGAGUGGGUGAAGGGUCUACAGAAAAUUAUCUUCCGAACACACAAUGAGGGAGACAGCGUCAAGGUGUCUUUUCCUAUUCGGAAUGUGAUCGACUUGGAGGAGAGUCCGAUGACCGAGUUCGCCGAGACGUUUAAGAUCCGGGUCAUCGACAGCAGUGAGACCUAUGCUAUUGAUGAAUACUUCUUUUGUUUCUUCAACUCGGGACAAGAUGCCUUCAAUUACCUCAAAGCCCUGGUCAACUCCUCGCCCACCAAGAAUGUGUCCGAAGGAUCUCCAGCGACAGACAGCCUAAAAUGUCAAAUCGAGGCCCACGGUCCAGAAACGAAGCAAGGUGAUCCCACACAAAGGCGGAGUGCAAGCCCCAGAAAUGAGCAACAAGGAGAGGGUAACUCGUUUGCGCAGUCUAUGGGACUGGAGACCGAGUCUUCUGCUAUUGUGCAAUCAGCAACAGAGACAUCUGAAUCUGCAAGCCAGAUUCUCAACCGGAGCGAUGUCUUCCAGUCACCAUCCUUGGCGAGACGCUCCUCAUAUGUUCAACCAAUGGCCCGCAGAGGAUCUGGUGAAACCACUCAGUCAACGUCUGCGCAAAUGGGCACGACUGCACGACGGGAAGCUGGAGCCGCCGAUUCGAGCCGAAAUGCUGAGAUCAGUCGAUGUGCCCCUACGCCUGCCGGCCAGGGACUUCAUGACCAGCCAGGUGUUCCCUCAAACGAUUUCAUGAAGACUGGAGCAUUCCCCCUUCAGCGUACCACAACUUACCUGAAGAAUAAAUCCCAACAAAUAACUUCUUUGCUGACCACCGAGUCAAUGAGCUAUCUCGAGAAAGUUUCUGGCAUGUGGAUAGGAGGUCAAAAACACUACGGCGAGGCCGAAGGCAUUUUGUCAGAAGAUCAAACUGUUGAUCCUGACGACAAGGAGGGUGGUCUUAACCAUGGUGAUCGUUUCCGAGCACAUUUUGCGCUUCCUUCAACAGAGAGACUCCAGGCGACUUACUAUGCUUACUUGCACCGAGUUCUUCCUCUUUACGGCAAGAUUUACAUCAGUGAGAGGAAAUUUUGCUUCCGCAGUCUCAUACCUGGCACUCGCACUAAGAUGAUUCUCCCCCUCAAGGACAUCGAGAAUGUCGAGAAAGAGAAAGGAUUCCGAUUUGGCUAUCAUGGCUUGGUUGUGAUCAUCCGUGGCCAUGAAGAGCUUUUCUUCGAGUUCAAUGCAUCUGAAUCCCGCGAUGACUGUGCAGUUACAUUGCACCAGAGCCUUGAGUCCGUCAAAUCCUUAGUUGAAUCAGGCAUGCUCGCUGAAGAGGAACGCGAGGAAGUUGAAGCAGCUGAAGCCGAGCAUCGCCUGUUAGAGGAGGCUAGGCUUGACGGCCCAAAGGAUCAUCACACAAAACAUACCCUCAACGAGGAUUCAUCAGAGAUGCAUUCCUUCUUUGACGACCCUCGUGCAUCCAUCAUCAACUUCAAACCUCCGCACCCCUUGCGCAUCACUUGUCUGACGAUAGGAUCUCGUGGUGACGUGCAGCCCUACAUUGCUCUUUGCAAGGGACUUAUUGCCGAGGGUCAUAAGCCAAAGAUCGCCACACAUGCUGAAUUUGAGCCUUGGAUCAGGAAGCAUGGCAUUGAUUUUGCUCCUGUCGAUGGAGACCCAGCCGAGCUCAUGCGAAUAUGCGUGGAAAAUGGAAUGUUUACUUAUUCCUUCCUCCGGGAAGCCUCACUAAAGUUCAGAGGAUGGAUUGACGAUCUUUUGUCGUCUGCUUGGAAAAGUUGCCAAGAUUGUGAUCUUCUCAUUGAAUCUCCCAGUGCAAUGGCUGGAAUUCAUAUCGCCGAGGCUCUUCGAAUUCCUUACUUCCGUGGCUUUACCAUGCCAUGGUCAAGGACUCGUGCCUAUCCACAUGCCUUUGCUGUUCCGGAGAAUCGGAUGGGCGGAAGGUACAACAAGAUCACCUAUGUCAUGUUUGACACCGUCUUCUGGAAGGCUAUUGCUGGUCAGGUGAAUCGCUGGAGGAAUAGCGAACUCGGGCUUAAGGCCACUAACCUGGAAAAGAUGCAGCAAAAUAAGGUUCCAUUCUUGUACAAUUAUUCACCACUGGUUGUCCCUCCACCCAUUGACUAUCCAGAUUGGAUCCGCAUCACGGGCUAUUGGUUCUUGAGUGAAGGUACUGACUGGACACCUCCGCAAGAACUAUUGGACUUCAUCGCUCGUGCGCGUGCCGAUGGCAAGAAGAUUGUCUAUAUUGGCUUUGGGUCGAUUGUCGUAUCGGAUCCAGCAGCUCUCACAAAAACCGUCGUCGAAUCUGUUCAGAAAGCCGAUGUCCGCUGCAUUCUUUCAAAAGGAUGGUCAGACAGGCUGGGCGAUCCCUCUAGUGUGAAGGCAGAAAUCCCAUUGCCUCCGGAAAUCCACCAAAUCCAAUCCGCUCCCCAUGACUGGCUUUUCUCACAGAUUGACGCUGCAGCUCAUCACGGUGGAGCAGGAACUACCGGCGCAAGUCUUCGAGCAGGGGUGCCUACCAUCGUGAAGCCGUUCUUUGGUGACCAAUUCUUCUUUGGCGGUCGAGUUGAAGACUUGGGCGUCGGAAUUUGCAUGAAGAGGUUGAAUGUUAGCGUCUUCUCGCGCGCCCUCUGGGAGGCCACACACAGCGAGCGCAUGAUUGUGAAGGCCCGUAACUUGGGCAUUCAAAUCCGCAAUGAGGACGGUGUGGCUACCGCAAUUCAAUCCUUGUACCGUGACCUUGAAUAUGCCAAGACACUUGUCCGACAACGUUCCAUCGCCUCAUCCACCCCCUUCUCACCAACACCAACCGCUCAAGCAUCUCCAGAUCACGCUGACGAUGAUGUCGACGAUAUUGAAGAAUGGACCUUUGUGGGUGACGAUACUGACAUCGACAUCACAAGACGCAUGCGCGACCGAGUGGCUUCAGGGAGUGGUCCCUUAGCCUAG